AUGGCGUAUUUUGAGUGUUGUUUGCCCGGGCGAGACUCAGGCGUUCCCAAGUGUCGUUUUCUGGGUUCGGGCUUGGGCUGGGAUUCGGGUUCGGGCUGGGAUUCGGGUUCGGACUCGGGCUGGGAUUCGGGUUCGGGCUCGGGCUGGGAUUCGGGUUCGGGCUCGGGCUGGGAUUCGGGUUCGGGCUCGGGCUGGGAUUCGGGUUCGGGAUCGGGCUGGGAUUCGGGUUGGGAUUCGGGUUCGGGCUCGGGCUGGGAUUCGGGUUCGGGCUCGGGCUGGGAUUCGGGUUCGGGCUCGGGCUGGGAUUCGGGUUCGGGCUCGGGCUGGGAUUCGGGUUCGGGCUCGGGCUGGGAUUCAGGUUCGGGCUGGGAUUCGGGUUCGGGCUUGGGCUGGGAUUCGGGUUCGGGCUCGGGCUGGGAUUCGGGUUCGGGCUCGGGCUGGGAUUCGGGUUCGGGCUUGGGCUGGGAUUUGGGUUCGGGCUCGGGCUGGGAUUCGGGUUCGGGCUCGGACUGGGAUUCGGGUUCGGGCUCGGACUGGGAUUCGGGUUCGGGCUCGGGCUGGGAUUCGGGUUCGGACUCGGGCUGGGAUUCGGGUUCGGGCUCGGGCUGGGAUUCGGGUUCGGGCUCGGGCUGGGAUUCGGGUUCAGGCUUGGGCUGGGAUUCGGGUUCGGGCUGGGAUUCGGGUUCGGGCUUGGGCUGGGAUUCGGGUUCGGGCUCGGGCUGGGAUUCGGGUUCGGGCUAG